UCUCUCUGGCAUUCGUGCCAUGCCAUCUGCUCUGCUCAACUGAUGUAGCUUCCAUUUACUUAUAGUAGCUAUAGGUAUACCUCCUACUUUAUGUACAAUAUACAGUGAGAAAGAAACUCCGCCAUUUUAUAUUGCUCCAGACGCAAUUAUUUUGGAGUCGAGUUGGUGAAAAUCGGAGCCGCUCGCCAUUUCGAUGGAAUUACAAUGUUAAUUUAUUAUAUUGCAUAGGAUAGUUCACAGCCAUCAUAAACAUCGAUUGCAUUAAAAAAAAAAAACAGAAAAAUACGUUUGAAAUGAAAGAAACAGUUCAUCGAGAACUGGUACCCUUGGUGACUGUGAAGCUGGAGGAAACAACUUGAAACUCAGAUUUCUCCUGGUAGCAGAUGAGCAGCUAGUCGAUGGAAAGGUGGCAGUGGCAGCAACCUCUGGCAUCCCCUUAUACAUCAAGGUUCCUGAAAAGCAGCAGAUGAAUAGCUUGGCGAUACAGAAGUGGCAGUGGACGAUGGCUUUGCUGCAGCCUGCGGUAUCUCCUUGGACAUUAAGUUUCCUGAAAAGGAGCAAUGAUGCCAGUCGACAAUCUUUCACGAUGAGCCAAAGCAGGUUUUAGGAACAAUAAAUGUUGAUAGUAUGGGAAAUCAUGUUGGACGGCAGCUGACCCUGUUCCUGAAUUUUUUUCAUUGUUCAAGCAUUUUUUGAAUUGCUGCACUAGCGUUUGCCAGAAUUUAAUGGCCUCAGAUACUGAUGAAGGGAAUAUUAAGUAAUUAAUAGAUAAAAUACGCAGUCUACAAUAUCAAAAUACAAAAAUAUCUGAAAAAUUUGUUGUAACCUGAUAUGUUGAUGUCCAAUUCCUUCAAAUAAUUUGUGGAUCAAACAAUUGAAAUAUAGAUAAUCCAAGUUACCACAGCUCUUGCGGUUUUCGAACGUGAAGAGGUUCCAGGAAAAUGUGAACUUGUCUGGCUUUGCAAUGGCAAACGUCUUCAGUCGCCUGUGUUGCCCGCUCUCGCUUCUGAUUAAUUUAGACGAUUCAUAUACGAAACGCAAGGUGGUGAAGUACCAAACUCAAUUGUUAUUUUAACAAGCAUUAAUCAAAAAUGGACAAUAUACAAAAAAUGAUCGUGAAACAUUUAUUGAGUAGUCAUUAUUACGACUUUAUGUUCGAUGCGAGACAUACUAAACACGGAGACCAAGAGAGCAUUAUCAAUUUUUGUGAAAUAGUGAAAAGAGAAAUUAAAGGCAAAGAAAAUGUUGACAUUGAAGUUGACGAUGUGAAAACUAAGUGGCACAACAUGCGUAGGAAAUUUGUGGACAUAAACUUAAAGAAAUUUCGACGACAAAAGAUCUCAGCUGCUCAUGAAGACUUUUACGUAUAUCUGAUUUUUUUAGAGGAUUACAUAUCGCACAAAAAUGCACCUGUUUUCAAGUCCCUUAAUAAAAAGGAAAUCCAACAAAGUGUGUAUGAUCUUCUAACAGGGCACACAUUUGAAGAGCCACGAGAACAGUUUGAAGAGGUCAAAGAGGCAGAUAAUAUUGAUGAUAAUAGUGAUGAUUUUGAUUUGCAAGAUUAUCCAGAUUUAGGUCACAUAUUUCAUGACAACAGCCAUCAAUCUCAGGAUCUUGCUGCUCCAGAAGUCGAUGAAAUAUAUGAAGAGGUGCACGAACAAGCAGCUACUUACAAAAAUACAGAAAGUACAGAAGAAACUGCAGAAUUAGAAAUUCUUGAUGGUUAUGAAGAAGUAGUGAUCAUGAAUUUGGUAUCACAUGCGAAUGAAAACGAGAUACCGUCUACUUCUCAAGAACAACCAACGCAAACCCAAUUUCUAUUUCAAGAGCCAAUCGUUAAAAAGAAAGAUAUUGAUAGGCAAGCUGAUAAACAAUUUCUGUCUGAAAAUAAAUUACAAAAAAUUAAUUUAGCAAUGAAUGUCAGCAUUGAAACAUCAGUAAACCACAAUCUAGUUCAAUCUUGUAUCGAUACAGUUCAUAGACAUGAAUUUCAGCUUUCUUCUGUCCGCUUACACAAUGAAAAAUUAAACUUGAAAAUUAAAAGUGAUUUGAUCAAAGAAGCUGUUAAUAUUAUUUAUUCAGCAUUAAUGGAAUCAACGAGCGUACCAUUGAGAACAAUUCGUUUCCAUAUUAUAAUUAAUGCUGUAAAUGAUUUUAUUAAAUCAGUUUUUCAUAUUCCAAUUACAAAAUAGAAAAAGGUUAUUUGUAUUACAAUCACUUUAUAUCAAAUUAUAAAAAAUACUUCUAUGCACUUAAUAUCAGAUCAGAAAAAAGGCUUCAACGAUAGAAAAAUGUAUUUUACAAACUAUGUAUUUUAUCAAUAAAAACUAUAAAAA